CGACGUUGCACGCGACGCGCUCUUCCUCGAUUGGCGCGGCAUCAUCCGUCGCGACGGCACAUGGUUUCCAGACGCCGCGAGACGCGUAUCGCAGUGCUCGAGUUCGAUUACGACGUCUAUACGUAACGUUUAUAGACGUUGUACCGGUCAAAAUUUGUUGAGGAUUUUUUGGAGUUUAGUAAGAAAAAUAAUGAAGAAAAAAUUACUUCCUUGUCAAAUCAAAACUUGAGUGGGAGAAAACUAAGGAAAAGAAGGAUAUUGGUUUCAAAAUGGCGGCCAGUUUUAUUUUUGGAAUCUUCAUUAAUGUUCUUCUGUUGACACACGAUGCCACGGCCGUUAGCUGGGAAGAAUGGUGGACUUAUGAUGGCAUUUCUGGUCCGGCAUUUUGGGGCCUAAUAAAUCCGGAAUGGUCGUUGUGCAACAAGGGACGUAGACAGUCGCCGGUUAAUCUAGAGCCCAGUAAGCUGCUAUUCGACCCGAAUCUCCGACCUUUGCACAUCGAUAAGCACCGGAUAAGCGGUUCGAUGAUGAAUACCGGUCACAGUAUCAUUUUUAAUGUGGAUAAUGAUACGAGGCAUCACAUUAAUAUUACUGGAGGGCCAUUAUCGUACAAAUAUCAAUUUCAAGAGAUCCAUAUCCACUACGGAUUGCAUGACCAGUUCGGAUCUGAGCAUUCGAUUAACGGCUACGCGUUCCCAGCUGAGAUACAGAUUUUCGGGUUCAACUCUCAGCUGUACUCGAACUUCUCAGAAGCGCUGCAUAAAGCCCAAGGGAUCGUAGUAACAUCGCUUCUUUUACAGCUUGGAGAUCUUUCAAAUCCAGAAUUAAGAAUCCUGACAGAUCAACUGGACAAAAUACGAUAUGGAGGUGACGAAGCUGAAGUGAAGCGGCUGUCAGUGAGGGGCCUAUUACCAGACACCGACUACUACAUGACCUACGACGGCUCGACUACGAUGCCCGCCUGUCAUGAAACUGUCACCUGGACGAUACUGAACAAGCCUAUCUACAUUACCAAGCAACAGAUGCACGGCCUUCGCAGACUGAUGCAGGGCGACGCCAAACAUCCGAAGGCACCUUUGGGCAACAAUUUCCGACCUCCUCAGCCUUUGCACCACCGCCCGGUCCGGACAAAUAUAGACUUCAACGUUAAACACCGGGCUGACGCUGGAAAAUCCUGCCCCAGCAUGUACAAAGACGUCUACUACAAGGCGAAUAGUUGGAAGCAACACUAAACAAUAUACAGUGUUUUAAACUUAAGUGUAAACUAAAAGAUUGUGUAUAAACAGUGCAUAUCCUAAAAAUAUCGUUUAAAAAUGGUGAUGUGACCAAGUGUUAAAAGUGAAAAAUUUAUAAAUAAAAAAAAUUAAACAUAUCAUCGUAUUUUACAAAAAAUAUACAUAUGAUGUAUGACUGAA